AUGAGCAUGCCAAACGAAGUCCCGAAGGAGGAAAAAUCCGAACCUGAAGUCAUAAAUUUCAACUGCGACAAUUGCGGGAUGAGCGAAAUUUGUCAUUACAAAGGAAAAAAUCCGUAUUUUGUGAAAAAUAUUAAUUUUACGGAAGAUUGCUAUGUCAUGAAAGAUCCUUUUAGUCCGCCGCCGGGAGCUGAUACGAAGAAAUCCUUCACGGAAUAUUAUUUGGUGCUCGGAGCGCAUUGUAAGAGCUGUGAUAAAUGUGUUUGCAGGGGAAAUGAAUGCAGUUUUUAUUAUGGGGCGACAUUUUGUUUGGAUUGUGCCAUGCGACGAAUAAAGGAAUUUCCGUUAGAGAUUCAAAGCAAAAUUAGAAAACAAAUUGCGAGUGUUGUAAAGUAG